CAUACUGGCAUUGGGACUAGCGAUAUCUAAUCACAGCAUUUUCAGCUUUAUCACACCAUCUAGAUCUUCUACCAAUCAAAGUCAUUAUCAUCCCAAUUCGAUCACCAGCUCGAUAUGCCAGACAGCUCAUAGCUCAACGACUGUUAAUCAAGGUGUUGAUUUUAGGGCUUUGGAUGAUUACUCGAGACAUCAGUCUCAGACUUCCGUAGGUAGCCUAUUGAAGGCUAAUCCUUUAUUUCAGGAUGUGGUGGAGCCAUUGAUGGUAAAAUUACUUGCAAAGGCACUUGAUGACAUUAAUAGCAUAACAGCAGUAGGUAGUGAUCUUGGAGUGGUAAUCGAAAAGCUUAGCAUACUCACAAAGUUGUUCGACCAGAUUAAUAUAAGAGACCAUAAGUACAAAAAUGAAAUGUUGACUUUUUUAAACUCCGAAUACGGGUUGAAGGACAUGAAGAUAGAGGAUUUGUGUGAGUUCUAUGUGUUUAAAAUAACAUAUGGUGCAAACUCCUACAUUUUGAAGCAGAUCGGGCAUUCAGUUGUAUUAGACGAUAAUAAUACUAAUUUGAGGGACUUACUUGCUGAAUAUGUUAAUUCACCCAACGUUAUUGAGAUUCUGCACGUAUUCGAAAGACACGUUCAGCUUAAAGCUGGAGAAGACGAGGAUAAGUAUACUUGGUAUUUGACAGAAUAUCUCGACGUUGGUCUUGAUAGCGACUACGUAAAGCUGGGAGGCAUAGACAUGAUAAGAAAGGUUAGCAGGGAUGCACUUAACGGAUUAAAAGCAUUUCACGACAAAUAUAUAACACAUGGAGACAUCGGAAUGAAUCACGUCAGGGGAAUAUGGGAAACAAAGGAAGAUGGUAGCCGUGAACUCAUCUUUAAAUUCUUUGAUUUUGGCAUUGCCAAAUACCACAUGACUGAUGAAUCUCUCUACAAAGGAAUUGCUGAUGACUUUUUAGAUUUGGGAACUAUGCUUCGAGUGCUGAGCCUUGGGAUUGGAAUAAUGGAUCCAAAUCCAAAAAAUCCUAGGGGUGUCGGAUUGUUUACCAGUAAUGGAGAAGGGUACAUCUUUACAAUCCCAAAUGCAAAAUUUAUCGAUUUUAUUUUUAUUUGUCUUCAACGCUGUGAAAAGCAGCCUAGAAGUGUCGAAGAUCUGUUGAAUCAUCCAUUCCUUACAGGUAUGGAACUGGACCUGAACAAUGAUCAGUAUGGAAAACGAUACUAUUCUGCUGAGAAACUGUUAGAUAAAUAA